AAUGGGAGUGUUUGUCUCACUCUCAAGAAAGAAAUUUGCAUCUCCACGUGCAAGUAAAUCCCAUGAAGAAGCAAAAUAUCAGAUAACAAGCUUGGGACUUGGGAACUCUUCUGGCCCUCAAGACAAGCCAUUCCAAACAAAACCCAAAACAAACACAUUGUGUGCACUUUCUUCUGUGCACAUAUCGGUGUCUCUUUGCCUCCACCAAUGUUCAUUCCCUUCAUAUUUCCCUGUUCAAUUCAUGUUUGAUUCUUGUGUGCUGUUGUUAGUAUGGGAGCUCAGAAGAGCAUCCAUGCUGGGAAAGCCAAAAUUGAUGUCAAUGUUGAUCUCACCCACAAGCUAUGUGCUUCCUUGAUGCUCCCUCCUCUCAGAAACACUGCCAGCCCUCUUUCACUCAUAAUUGGGAGUCUUUGCCUCAAACACCCCAAUUUAUUUGGUGGGAGUGAGAAGCUUGAUUUAUCAUGGGAUAAGGGGCUGUAUGAUUCAAAUGUAUUGAUAGCUUAUAGGAGGCCAAGACCUGAAUGGCUAGCUCAACAAUGUUUUAUCAUUCAGCAUUCUGUUUCACCUGAAAUCGGCAUCCAUGGUACACCGGUCGACAAUUUCUCUCGUUCGGGGAGUAGAGGUGUGAAUUUGUCUCGAUUUUCAGUGGGCUUGGAUCUGAAUGAGCCUGCGAGUUCCCAAUGGAGCAGCACAACCAGUAUUAAAUUUGAGCAUGUACACCUGCUGAAUGAUGAUGGCCGCUCUAUAACUAGUGAUCCUGAUGGGUUCCCAGUGACUUGCAGUGGCAGUCCUCAUGAUCGUAUGGUAGUCUUGAAGCAAGAAUCUCGAUAUGUGAAGGCCAAUGAUCAUAGUUUUUCUCAUCUCAGCAUGCAAAUAGAACAAGGGAUUCCUGUUUUGUCAAAGUGGCUAAUCUUUAAUCGUUUCAAAUUUGUUGCAACAAGGGGAGUUAAACUUGGGCCAGCAUUUUUCUUGGCAAGUCUGACAGGUGGUUCCAUUGUAGGGGACAUGGCUCCUUAUCAAGCAUUUGCUAUAGGUGGUGUUGGUAGUGUGCGAGGGUAUGGUGAGGGUGCUGUUGGAUCUGGGAGAUCAUGUCUGGUUGCAAAUAGUGAAUUGACAUUCCCUGUGAACAAGAUGUUGGAAGGUGUUGUUUUCCUGGACUGUGGAACAGACUUAGGCUCUGGUCGACUUGUACCUGUUUCAGGAAAUCCAGCACAAAGGCAGCGCAAACCAGGAUCUGGGAUUGGGUUUGGAUACGGCCUUCGCUUGAAGUCUCCAUUUGGUCACUUUCAUGUUGACUAUGCCAUCAAUUCCUUUCACCAAAAAACUGUCUACUUUGGCAUCGGCAACCUUAUUUCAUGAAUGUCUUGCACCUCAAAGCUGCAGUUACACAUUUUUUCCAGGUUGUUUAAAUUUGUUAUUGAGAAGAGUUGAGGAGAAGCUUUGAAGGUUGCAACUGAAAAACGUCACCUUUUCAUUCUGCUGGGGCAGUUGCAACCGUGUAUCACCUGUUUUCAGUAAAAAGUUGCAAGGGAUGCAGCGCGUUCAAGCUACGUGUGGAAGUUUUUUCUGCUGCAGUUUUGGGCACACUUGUAUAGAAAUAUAGUAUAUUCUUCCUGAAUUUAUAUUCAUAGUGCAAAAACAAUGGUAACUUCGUUGAUUCUUUUUGAAAUGGAUUUUAUUUCCCAUA